UCAAUUUAUGGCAAAUGAGCAUCAUAGAUGGGGAACUUCUCUGUUUGCCACUGAGCUAAGGCUGGGGAAAAUGAGGUCAGGUGUGGGCAAUUCAUGCAAUGAACUGAACUCUUGUUCAGGGGCCACAUUCUCCUUUUCAGUAUGGCCACCAGUUGAGAGUUUCCUUUCCCUUACUUGCACAGUCUCAAAACUCAUUUCACAGGUUAUGGUGGAGAGCCUUCAUAUGUUCUGAACUAUGCCAUAGUGUUUGAAGUGGAUAGGACCUGUCCCCUUAAAACACGUAGUACAGCCAGGAGAUGGAGAACUGAGAGUGCUCCAGAACUCCAGUUCCCUUCGAGUAGUAUAGCGUGGGGAGGGCUGUGGCAUUACAGUGCACCUGGCAUGUGAGUAGCUUGGUCUGGACGCAGCUGGUGACACUCUGUCUGGCUUUGCAAAGAGAAGGGCAACUUUGAAAAAUCAGAAACCACCCAAUUACCUCAAAACAAGGCCUAGAAAGCAACAGUAAACCUCCAGCGAGCCCUGGUUAAGCCUUGAACCUGAGCUGUGAGCGCUGGCAUCUUGCAGGAUGAGACUGGCCGGGCACAGGGUGAAGGCAUAAGUCGGAGCUUUUGAAGCUUGUAAGGAGGGUGAGGUGCAGCAGGGAGCUACCCCAGCCUUAACGAAGAGGGAAACGGCCUCCAGCAAUGGAAGCUUCUCCUGGUGUUGCCUCUCCACAUGCUCCUCACCCUGCUGCUUGUGGAAACAGACGGGUGGCUCCCGCCAGGCACGGGGCUCCCCGGGCACCCUGUAUUUUGUGUCUCCUUGAGGCUGGCCCUGGCGCCCCGGAGCCCCGCAGGUGUGCAGGGGGCGGGAGAGUGCCGGGGGCAGCUGGGUCGGGGCAGCUGCGCCUGGCCGCGGGGCGUGUGGGUGCGCGCACGUGUGGGUGCGUGUGCAGCAGCAGCGGCCGCCCGUGCGUGCGAGUGUGCCCGCGGCCGUGCGCGCAGGGGGCGCGGGAGGAGGAGGAGGCGAAAGGGGGCCGGUUCUGCGGCGGGUGGCUCCCAGCCUCCCCCGCCCCCUUCCCUCUGGGUCUGCUCCUCGCUCCGGCUCGCAUUUUAUCGCAGGCGGCCGGCGUAGCCCCCUCGCCCUAGCCCCGGCUCCGGCACCCGCCCACCCCCUGGGUGGAGGCAGCCGCGCCAAGCCGCCCGCGGGAAGCAGCGCGGCGCUCCGUCUGGUUCCGCGCUGCUCCGCGCCCCGCCGCGGGGCCAUGCAGCGCCCUUGCCUCUCCGCCCAGCGCGGUGCUCCUCGCCUCGCCGCCCCCCGCGCAGCCUGAGCGCCAACCGGAGGCUCGCCGCCCCUCCGCGUCUCUCCGCGGUCGGCGGUGGGACGGGGCUGGCUGAGGCAGAGGCGGCCCAGGAAAGCUUCUCGUCUCCGCGCGACUCCCUGCCCUGGCCAUGGGGAAGGGGCUGGAGGGAACUGCGGCCCGCUGCGGGCUGGGACUGGGAUACCUGCUGCAGACCGUGGUGCUGCCCGCCUUGGCCGUCCUGGGGGCCAGCCGCCCCGGCUCCGCCGCGCAAGAUGAUGAUUUCUUUCAUGAACUCCCAGAAAGUUUUCCAUCUGAUCCCCCUGAGCCACUGCCCCACUUCCUCAUCGAACCCGAAGAGGCUUACAUAGUGAAGAACAAGCCUGUCAACCUGUACUGCAAAGCCAGCCCAGCCACACAGAUCUACUUCAAGUGCAACAGUGAAUGGGUUCAUCAGAAGGACCAUGUGGUGGAUGAGAGAGUAGAUGAAACCUCUGGUCUGAUUGUCCGGGAGGUGAGCAUCGAGAUUUCCCGCCAGCAAGUGGAGGAGCUCUUCGGGCCCGAAGACUACUGGUGCCAGUGUGUCGCCUGGAGCUCCGCGGGCACCACCAAGAGCCGCAAAGCCUACGUCCGCAUCGCCUAUCUCCGGAAAACCUUUGAGCAGGAGCCCUUGGGGAAGGAAGUGUCCCUGGAGCAAGAGGUCCUGCUCCAGUGCCGUCCACCUGAAGGCAUCCCCGUAGCAGAGGUGGAAUGGCUGAAGAAUGAAGAGGUGAUUGACCCCGUAGAGGACCGAAACUUUUACAUCACCAUCGAUCACAACCUGAUCAUCAAGCAAGCCCGCCUGUCUGACACAGCCAAUUACACCUGCGUGGCCAAAAACAUCGUGGCCAAAAGGAAAAGCACCACAGCCACCGUGAUUGUCUAUGUGAAUGGAGGCUGGUCUACCUGGACUGAGUGGUCGGUGUGUAACAGCCGAUGUGGGAGAGGCUUCCAGAAGCGGACAAGGACCUGCACCAACCCUGCCCCGCUCAAUGGUGGUGCCUUCUGCGAGGGCCAGAGUGUUCAGAAAAUAGCUUGCACCACUCUCUGUCCAGUGGAUGGCAAGUGGACAACCUGGAGCAAGUGGUCCACCUGUGGCACGGAGUGCACCCACUGGCGCCGGAGGGAGUGCAUGGCCCCAGCGCCAAAGAAUGGGGGCAAGGACUGUGAGGGGCUGGUGCUGCAGUCCAAGAACUGCACCGAUGGGCUCUGCAUGCAGGCUGCUCCUGACUCAGAUGACGUGGCUCUCUACGUGGGGAUCGUCAUCGCCGUGAUCGUGUGCCUGGCUAUCUCGGUGGUCGUGGCUCUCUUUGUCUACCGCAAGAAUCACCGCGACUUCGAGUCGGAUAUCAUCGACUCCUCUGCUCUAAACGGGGGGUUCCAGCCUGUUAACAUCAAGGCUGCAAGGCAAGACCUCCUGGCAGUCCCACCAGACCUCACUUCUGCUGCAGCCAUGUACAGGGGCCCUGUUUAUGCCCUGCACGACGUCUCCGAUAAAAUCCCCAUGACCAACUCUCCAAUCCUGGACCCACUGCCCAACCUGAAGAUCAAAGUCUAUAACACCUCUGGUGCAGUGACUCCCCAGGAUGACCUCUCUGACUUCUCCUCCAAGCUGUCCCCGCAGAUUACACAGUCCCUGCUGGACAACGAGAGCCUGAACGUGAAGAACCAGAGCCUUGCUCGGCAAACAGACCCAUCGUGCACUGCUUUUGGGACCUUCAACUCCUUAGGGGGUCACCUUGUGAUUCCCAACUCAGGAGUAAGCUUGCUGAUCCCAGCCGGGGCUGUUCCGCAGGGCAGAGUCUAUGAAAUGUACCUGACAGUUCACAGGAAGGAGAACAUGAGGCCACCUGUAGAAGACAGCCAAACCCUGCUGACACCAGUGGUGAGCUGUGGCCCCCCAGGAGCUCUACUAACCCGUCCAGUCAUUUUAACCAUGCACCACUGCGCUGAGCCGAACACAGAGGAUUGGCAGAUCCAGCUGAAGCACCAGGCUGCCCAGGGACCUUGGGAGGAUGUGGUGGUGGUUGGAGAGGAAAACUUCACCACUCCGUGCUAUAUCCAGCUGGACACAGAAGCCUGCCAUAUCCUGACAGAAACCCUCAGCACAUAUGCCUUGGUGGGACAGUCAAUCACCAAAGCAGCAGCCAAACGUCUCAAACUGGCCAUCUUCGGACCCCUCUCCUGCUCUUCGCUGGAGUACAGCAUCCGAGUCUACUGCCUCGAUGACACACAGGAUGCCCUUAAGGAGGUUCUCCAGCUGGAGCGUCAGAUGGGCGGACAGCUUUUGGAGGAGCCCAAAGCGUUACACUUCAAGGGGAGCACCCACAACCUCCGUCUGUCCAUUCAUGACAUUGCCCACUCUCUCUGGAAGAGCAAGCUGCUGGCUAAAUACCAGGAAAUUCCCUUUUACCACAUCUGGAGUGGAUGCCAGAGGAACCUGCACUGCACCUUCACACUGGAAAGGUUCAGCCUGAAUACCGUGGAGCUGGUCUGCAAACUCUGCGUGCGGCAGGUUGAAGGAGAAGGGCAGAUCUUCCAGCUCAACUGCUCUGUCUCAGAGGAGCCUACUGGCAUCGAUUAUCCUCCUGCGGACUCUGCAGACACCAUCACCACCAUCGUCGGGCCCAGCGCUUUCAGCAUCCCCCUCCCCAUAAGGCAGAAGCUGUGCAGCAGCCUGGAUGCGCCCCAGACCAGGGGCCACGACUGGCGGAUGCUGGCCCACAAGCUCAAACUGGACAGGUACCUAAACUACUUUGCUACAAAAUCAAGCCCUACUGGGGUGAUCCUGGAUCUCUGGGAAGCCCAGAAUUUCCCUGACGGCAACCUGAGCACGCUGGCGGCAGUGCUGGAAGAGAUGGGAAGACACGAAACCGUCGUGUCUUUGGCGGCAGAAGGGAAUUACUGACGCUGACACAAAACCCCAGAGCAAGGAGUUACACAAGAGGCAUUUCAGAGAAGCAAAGAAAGGAAAGGAAGAAGAAGAAACCCACCACCACCACCACCCAGCCCUGACCUUGGCGCGGCGCUUCUCCUUGUACGCGACCGCGGGAUCUGAAAGGAACCAUGCAGACAGAAACCAACCCAGUGCUCCUCUCGGCUGGGCUGUGCACUUGCUUGGUACAGGGUUUUACAGUUUCCUAGGAAACGCUUUUUAUUGCUAUCCAGAUCUCUGGAUAAACUUUCUUACCAAUCCCAGUUUCUAUGGAUGUUGUUUACAUCGAAUUCUGGACAGGGAUAAGGAGACUGUCCAUGGCUCUUUAUAUAUAUAUAUAUAUAUAUAUCUAUUUUUUGUUGAAAGCCAUUCUAGACAAAGCUGUGGACAGUUGGUUGUGGCUAUUUCAGGAGGUUGGUUUCUGGUGGAUUCAGAUUUUUUUGGGCUACAGUUCUGUGCAUUGAUUGUCUCUCACGACGAGCCUCCUGGCAUUGAUCUGUUUCCUAGACUUUCUUCUCAAAAGGCAAAAAAAAAAACCCACCCAGCAAAGCCAAGAGCCAAGGAAAUCAGAGUUUUGAGAGGUGUGCAUCUGGAAAGCAGAUGCUGGAGUGCUAAGCAGGAACACACAUAACAUUCCCUUCCUUCCCCGAUCCAGUCCCACUGAGCCUGUGUGGGGAACAGCUGUAGGACAGUGGGGAACACAGGAGCAGAGUUAAUGUUCAACUCACAGCUUCUCCACCUCCAUGAGAGAGGAGGGAGCUGGAGAUGCAAUUCAAAGAGGUUAGAGGAGAAAGAAAAAAGAGAGAGAGAGAGACAGAAAACAAUUUAAAAGAGAAGUUGCUAUGAUACUUAUUUGCUAAUUGUUUACUAGUGCAAGGAUGAUGAUGAUGAUGGUGAUGAUGAUGAUGAUACUUUUGUCAGCAGCAGCAGAAUGAACCCUGCCUGUUUUUAUGGAACCUGUUGUCACCUUCCUGAAGGCCUUCUAAGCCAUGCCCCUCUGUAUGCUGUCUUUCUCCAGCCAUCCUCUUCGUCCUCCAAAGUCCUCUGCUAGCCCACACGAGUUGCCCACCUCAUGUUAGCAUCACUUUGCCUCACGCCUGAUGCCAAGGUGGUAUACACCAGUGGUGCUCCGCCGAAGUCACUGAUCUGCACCCCUAGAGGAUCCCUCUCUGUGAGAUGUGCUGCAGCACCUCGGUGCCUCCAGUUUGCUCCAAGAGGCAAUCCUGUCCCGAGGUGGCUGUGAACCAGUGAGAGCCUCCCAGUUCAAACACACAGAGACCAGAAGCAAGCAUGUGGAGGCGCUGCCAUUAACCACCUGAUUCGUGCACCCAAAGUGGGCCUCCCUACGGCUUGCUUUGCUCUGAAGUGAUGUGAGAGCCAGGAGUUCCCAUCAGCUUCCCAAGGAGCUGCAGGUGCUCUUACUGAAACCCACUGUUUGCAGUGCUUGGGGCUACUGAGAGUCCUCUGCUGGCUCGUUUUGGGCUGGGUCCUGUCUGAGAUUCUGGGAUUUCUGAGAUGCACUCGGCAGGUCUCCACUGCUACCUGAGCCUUGCUGCAGCCAGCGCAGGGCAGUGGAGCAGGGAAGCCAAAAUCCUGUGUGCUGCAGCUUCCUGCCUUCUCUGCGCUCCCUCCACUGCCACUGCCUGGGCAGGCAGGCACAGAUCCCUGCUGGCUGAGCAGUGGGACAUUUGUCCUUCCAACGCCUUACCCCUUGGCCAUCACAGGUGAAAUGGGAGCUUGGCUUCUUUCAUCAGAUGACACAGCAAUCGUUUCUGCUUUCUGCUUGGUGAGGUCUGACUCUCUGCUACAUGGCAGUGCUUAGAAUCACAGUCAUUUUACUGCCAAGCAUCUCUAUCCUCUGCUUCCGCUGCAAAAGAGGCUUUCUUCCCCAGCCCUCACACUCCAGCUUCCCAGCCAGAACCUGGCUGUUGUGCCCACAUCCCUGCAUGUGCCCAUGCCUAUGUUCCCACUCUGUGUGCAUUCUGACACCUGAACUGACUUCUGGUGAUUUCAGUUUUGUGGUCCUUCUUUUCCAGGGCUGCCCAGAUCGUGCCUUUAAGGGUAACUCUGAAAAUGUCAGUAAGCAAAAUUUCAUCUGACCUUUUCCCAUAUAGUGCUUAAGACUUUUGUUUGCUUCAGUUCCUCAGCUGCCUGACACCAGCAGGAUUUUGACUGCUGGGUAGUGACCACCUUGCAAAAGGCAGUUUGGAAACCAGGAUUCCAAGCAGAGGACAUACAGUUUAACUUGCAACAUCUGUCUGCAUUUUUGCCU